AGAUCAUUUUUUUUGAUUAAAAAAUUCAAUCUUGAAAAUGACCUAAUAUUUUUCAUUCGUUGAGGUUUUUGAAAUGGCAAAUCAAAUUGAUUUUUGUAUAUUAUUAAUAUGUUUACCAUUUUUCAUGUUGAUCAUUGGAACAGUUGAUGGCCAAUAUGAAGAUGUUCGAUGUAAAUGUAUAUGUCCGGUACCGAGUGUUGUAAGCAAUGCAACCAAUGGAACUACGAGAAAAUUAUACAUCAGAAAUGUUGCUCCUAAUCAAUGUAAUUGUGAUUUCGUCGUUCUGCCACAGUUAUCAUCUGAUGUUCAAUCGAAAGCGAAGGAAUUUUGUCCACGUUGUGAAUGUAAAUAUGAAUCAAGGGAUACAUCUAUUAUUCGUUUUUUUGUCAUCUUCAUCAUUGGUGUCAUAUCAUUUUUGGUCAUUUACAUGCUUUUCCUAAUGAUUCUUGAUCCAUGGAUUCAUAAACGUCAAUCACGAAACAGUUAUAAAUAUUUCAACGAAGAAGUUUCAUUAGAAGAACAUGAAGAACAUCCAUCAGAUGGAUCGCAGCAGCAGCAUCAGCAACAUCCACAACCAUCUCAACGAGAUUCAGAUAGUCAAUCGGCUCGACAUCGAAUAUCACCAUCCUUUAGCGGACCUGCCGAAAAUGUAAAUAUAGCGACUGUAGGACCGAUCGGUGUUUUGAAUCGUGUCGGUCAUUCGCAAAACAAAUGGAAACGUCAAGUGAAAGAACAGCGACGUAAUAUUUUCGAUAAUCAUACCAUUUUAAAUUGAACAAAAGAAUCAUUUUAUUUUUUUUAUCUUAUACUAUCGUUAAUUCCAUUUUAUUCAUUUAUUCAUUCAUUAUCGUUUAUUAAAAAAUUUUCAAAAAA